GUUUACUUUCACAAGAUAGUAAUGAUUCCAUGUUAAACAUUUAGCUUUGAGAGAUUUGAAACGAUUGUUUUCGCGGGCACAGAAAUUACAUAUAUAAGCAAUCACAAAACCUACAUUAUUUUAUUCUUUACUAGCUUUUAGUCGUAGCCCCGCCCGCGUAAAAAUUUAGAGUAUAUUUGAGUUACACCUCUAGCAAUAAUAACGGUGAAAAAUGCAUUCAAUCUCAUGCAGUAAUUUUAGCGUGAUGCGUGAACAAACAUACAUACAGACAAAAAUUCAAAAAAAUGUGUUGGCUUCUGUUGCUCUAAUAAAGACGUCCUAAUAUUAGUUAUUCUUCGGUAUCUAUAAUCUACAACCAUCGGUCUGUUACAAUGUUAUUAUAUGUAAAGAUGUUAAUCGUGACAUAUCUAAUUGAAAAACAUAGCCUUUAGUGUUAUAAAAACCUGUUCAAUAUUCAACCAAAUUUUAUAUGGAAAUAAAGCUGGUUUUAGCAAUUUAUAGGUGUCAAUUUAAAGUCAAAAUCUAAAAUGAGGAAUCGAACCCACAAUCCGUCGAUGGCUAUUGGUUAUCACGGAGAGUUUUAUACUUAUGAAUGAGUUUUGGACGAAAUAAUCAACGCCUACUCAUACUGUUAUAGAUAAGUUAAAAAGACUUGUAUGGGUACACACUAGAUACAUAAUAUGAUCAUAGUCUUUGAAGUACUACACAUAACGGCGGCAAAAUUGGAGGAAAUAAUUAAGCCCCUCAACGACAGCGAGUACGCGACGAAAAAUAAAUAUGCCGAGAUCGGCUCUCCGGACUCCACGGAGGAGAUGAAGAACCUCGAGAGCCGGCAGGCGGCGGUCACACUACUGCAAAUAAAAAAUUACGACCCAAGCAAGUAUGCGGUCAAACCGGAGGAGGAACCUCGCAUUAUGUUCAACAGCAUGCCGAGUUUACCGCCCUCAGAGCGAGCGAGCGAGGUGAUGCACUGUAAUGCCGUCAUCGAUAUUAUAAGCAAGGCGGUGGCGGUCGCGCAGAGGGAAAACGAGGAAUCACAGAAGUUCUCACCGAGUUACACGAGCGUAAUAGACAGGACACACGCCGGCUCCAACACCAGCGAGGGCGCGUACGUGCGCGAGUACUCCGACGAGCAGUACAGCGUGUACACGGUGUCGCAGACCGCCGCCAGCCCCUGCAGCAACGAGGAGCAUGACAAUAAAGAGAUGGACCUGUCGCUGUACGGCUCCUCGGUCAAGAGCGAGCCCUCAGAGCAGGCGGACCAGUCGGAGAGAGACUCGCACGUGUACUUCCACAGGUCGCUGGCGCACAACAAGACCAACUUCGCGGACGAGUACAAGCAACACAUAUUCGAACAGUCGGUCGGCAAGGCGAAAAUAACAAAAGACAACACUUCUGUUUACGAGGAGUGCAGUCAGAGCAGUAGUGGGUCAGAUCCUGACAGGUUACAAAUGGACAUAUCUCAGAUGUCGCAGGACGAUCCCGAGGAAACGCAGUCGGCGCGCUCCACGCAGUCUUCUCCGCAGCCCCCGCACGAGAACGACCAAGACAAAGAGUCGCUAUGGCAAGCUCUUCACAGGCAAAAUGGUCGCAGCGGGGAGGCGACGCAGUUGCUAAGGCGGUUGAUAAACAGCAAGCACCUCGGCAUGACGGUGUCUCCGCUCAGAGCUUCCACCUCACCACUCACCACGACGAUGCAGCAGCCGGUCAACGGCGCUGUCUCGCCGAACGGCGAAUGGCAGUCGGCGCGUGGCACUGGGGUGGCGGGUACGGCGCGCAGGAAACAGAGCUUCCCGGCGCGAGCGCAGCCCGUCGCACCGCACGAUGUUUCCGCAAACGCGCCCGCCUGGCAGCAACCCGCAGUCGACAAUCAGGAGGCUAGCGACGGUUCGGCGGGUGGCGGCGCGGGCGGGCGCGGGGCGGCGCGCGUGGAACUAGCGUGCAGCAACUGUGGCACCCACACCACCACCAUCUGGCGCCGGGACGCGCGCGGCGAGAUGGUGUGCAACGCGUGCGGGCUCUACUUCAAGCUGCAUGGCGUGCCGCGUCCCACCGCCAUGCGCCGCGACACCAUACACACGCGCCGCCGUCGGCCCAGGCACGACGGCAAACACCCCAGGAACAAGUCCCGGCGCAGCGUGGGCGCGUGCGGAGAAACGGCGGAGAACUCCGGCGGUGGUGGCGGGGGCGGCGCGGGUGGAGGCGGCGGGGAGGGCGGCUGCGCGGAGGAGGCGGUGCUGGCGGCGCUGCGGCGACAGCUGCAGCCGCACCUGCUGGCGGCGCUGCACGCGCGCCCCGCCGCGCACGGCCGCCAGGUGAGACACAACGCACCGGAAUACGACGAGGCACCGUUGAAUUUGGUGGCGAGCCACGUGACCGCCGCAGAGGAGACGCACUGACUGUCGCGCACUGUGAUACCCAUGCACCAGUCAUCUACACCCUCCCUCCUACCCCUAUCCCCCGCCCCAUCCCCACAAAACGAUCACCUAAGCUCUCGGGAGUCGAGAAUGUCACCUUCCUAACGUGGGUAUGUUAACGCGAAUGUUCGAUAAAAUUUGCCCAUCAUACUUCCUCGAGUCUAAAUGUCGUAUCGAUUGGCCAACUCGCAGGAAACGUAAAGUGAAUUUUGUAUAUUAAAAAUUUAAACAAUUUUAUAAAACAGACGCUUUAACAUGCUCGAUAUAAAGCAAAAGUAUUUUAAAUCAGUGAAAAAGAAAACUCGACGAAACUUAGAAUUAUUAAGGCCAGUGUUUGAAAGCAAUAGUUAAAAUAAUAAUUAAAAUAUACUUUAUAAAGGUUUGUGAAUACGCUGUGGUUCGUUCUUACGAAUUAUUCAUGUGAACGACGUCCGCAGGCUUUAUUGAAUUGUUGAUAUUUUUGAGUGAAGUGCGAACGAGUUACACAAAACUUGUCAAAUUUUAAAUUGCAAUGUUUGAAGUUGGCAUUACAUGUGAAAAAAUAUGUUUAGUUAACUAAUGAAACAAUGAUGCCUAUUGUCGACUUCUUAGUGCCUAUAUAAUGUAUAGGAAUGAUCCACAGUCGCAUUGCAAGCUAGUAUUUAGCGCGCGUAUUUAUUAACAUGUGAUAUGAACGUCUGUCAGUCGCGUGUAGCGCAGCACUUGUAAAAGAUAAUGUAUUUUCGUAUUCGACGAAUCCUUCGCGUUUACUUUUUACGUGUCGUUUUCGUUGUUGAUGUUUCGUGGUUGUGUGUGUUCUGUCUCUCUCUAACCUGCGUUUGUAGAGUGAGACAAGGCAUAUCCACUCACAAUAGGGGAUGCAUUAAAUGGAAUGGGCGUCUACUUUGCCGACAUGUGGCUGGUAGUGGCCAGUUUAAUGAAUGCAAGUUUGUAUGACGCGGUGUUUAUUUCGGUGGGUCAUCUCUAAUUGAAUUUAUAAAAUAUUGAUCUGAAAUACGAAAUCUCAAUAGGUUUGUAAACCUUGCCUUAAAAUGCUCUCUUGAAAUUAUUUUAACGGUUACCUAAUGCAGGACUCAAGUAUUCAUUUAGGAUUAGGUCAUAUUGUAAAUUUUAUUAUUUUACGUAGUGGUUAAUGUAACGGUAAUGUUCAGUAAAUUAUAGUUAUCUAAUUUAUUUCCCACUUCGGUCAGUAUUUACAGUGUAAGUAUUUUUUUGUAUUUCUGUGGAGUAUUUUUUUUAGCUAAGAUAACAAGACGUGUUGAGAAGCAAUAAGUGAAGCAUAUGGCAAGCAAGUUGUCAUGAUCAGUGAUCAGUGAUCAGUGAUCAUACGUGAAUCGUGAUUGUCAAUACGAUAGAGGUAAUCCGUACAUUGAUGAUUGAAUGAUCGACUAGCGGACAUAUCUUUGGGCAAUAACUUUUAUAAUCGACAAACAACUUUCCAGUACAUAAUAUAUAUAACGUGUUGCCUUCAUCACGUGUGUACAUACAUAAUUAUAUGGUAAAAACUUGGCAUUAUUAUAUAAUAGAUACAUAAUAGAUAAAAAAAAGAUUUAUUUUAGUAAUUAAUAUUUCAAUUCACUGAACACGUAUUAUUGGGCAUUUUUGGAUGUAAAGUGUAAUCGAUAUGGAUAUAUUGUGGCAUUAGUAAAUUUCUUACCGAUUCACCUCAUGAUGGUCAGUGUUAUUUUGUAUAUAUUUAUAGCAGAAGCAUUUACUUUCUAUACCUUGAUGUGGACUGUUUUGUUAUUGCUUCCGUUUAUCUUAGAACUCGGUCACCGUCCUUUACUCGACGUCUCUACUUAAUUUUAGUGUUAGUUUGUUUGUUAUGGUAACCCCUCGGGCCAGUAAACACAUCUGUCUAUGAGACAUUGUGAUAUACUUAGCGAAACGAACGGCCUCGCGCCGCUCGUGUGAUUCUCAUGUGCAGCUAUCCUUCCGUACUCUAAAUACUUCGUCAUGCUUAUCGUAUUUGAAAAGCUUUAAAAUUGAGAUUAUUUAUUCAUUAUUAUUGGGAUCUAGUGUCGAUCUAGUAUGUAUUUAGUAUCGCUUACUUAUUACUUCAGAUUAGCUGUCUCUCUUGACAAUAAUGUUUCAUGAAUUUUAUCAUGGAUAGUGUAACAUACGUAAAAUGUUAAGCAAGCUCUCUCGAAUUCGUAGCUCUCUCAGUGUUGAUAUUAUUGAAAUUAGUAAUCUCAUCAGACAAGUGAUUAUUUUCUAAAAAUAUUUUUAAUUUAAUCUAUAAUAUAUGUUUGGAUAUUAUAACGAAUACUCAAAAGCUCUGUUAUAUUUAUUUAUUUUAAACCUACUUAUUGUAACAGUUUACCUCGAUAUAUUGUUUUUUGCUCGAUAUAAGUUCAUCAAUCUCGUGAAAUAUCGACUAAACUGAGCUACUACUAUGUAUUCCAUAAUGGAUAUGUAUGAUUGUAUUUUCUUUCUCAAUUCAGUCCUUUCUCUGUCAAUGUAUUUAAAUAUGUAUAAUAGUUGAAAUGAUUAUCUCAUGCCGCGUGACUAACAGUUUUGAAUCUCCACUAAUAUUGCUGCUUGCAGUAGUGAUACAGUAUUAUUUUAUUAAAUUCUACUCUGUACAUUUGUGUUAGGUUUAUCGUAUUUGUAUUUACGUAGUUUUUACAUAGUUGACGUCGUUUUAUAAUUCGAUGUGUUGUCGACGGUAUGUCGGUGCCGCGGCCGAUGUCCCGCCGCGCGAGUUACUUUUACAAACCCGUAUAGUAUUCAUUUAUAUUGUGAGACAUAACGAUCAGCUAUGUCAUUCGAUCUUCCAAUUUGAUAAUUUAUUGUACUUUAGUUUAACUCGUGGAUAUAACGGUAUUAAGAUUUGAUGAACAAUGUAUAUCGUAAUUCGUCAUAUAGUUACUAACAUACCGGUUGUGUUGUGUGCGCUUACGCUCUAACAAGCAUGUGUUUGUCAUUUUGUAUCGUGUCGCGUGCAGCUGUGUGCGUUCGUGUGUACCGGCGGCGCAUUCGUGUAUUUUUAUAAUUUAUGCUGGAAUAAUAAUACUUCCACAAAUUCCAUUCGACAUUAAUUUAACAUCGUUAUUCGAGUACUAAAUAAAGACUGACACACAAACACUCUGAUGACGUCUUCUUAUAAUACAUAAUUCACUCGUAUUCAUGCGAAAAUAUGAUUAAAAACGUAUUUUAAAUUAAUUGUGAUAUAUGUAUUUUGUUUGAGAAAAUGUUAGUGUGUGUUUCCGAAAAGCAAUAACAUUGUGAUAAGUGGUGGUGAGCAUUGUAUGCAAUGAACAUAUAUUAUAUAAAUAGAAUGAUUAUUGUCAAUUAAAAUUGAUGUUGCGCCGGGCGGGGGACCCUGUAGUGUGCCAGUCGACGGACAAGUGGUAACAUCAGCUUAGUGUUACAUCAUGCGGCGAGUAGUAACUCGUGAUGACCACAGCAGUGAGCAGACGAGCGGGGUCCCACACCCGACACACACUUGGAUAAUUAUUUUAAGCGUGUCUAUAAAGUUUCAACUCGACUAUAAAUGAUCUGUAGACAGAUUUCACGUGCAUUGCAUCAGUAAUCAGUAAUUAGAUUAUAAUGAAAGACGUAUGCAUAGUACGACCUGAAGCAAUAUUUUCCAAUAUAGAAAGCUUAAUGGACCAUUUGUUGUUGUUGUCAAAUUAAAUAAUUGUACGUAUAUAUAUAUAGUAAGUUUCAGCAUAAAUUAUCCGUUUGAGAUUGAUUAGUGAUUACAGAACAGUGGCUGGAAUACUCAUUGUGAACAUUAGUUAUUGUUGUAUAGAUGAUAAUAACGUGACUUACGCAGGGAUGGAUACUUAAAUUAUUAAAGUUUUAACUGAUAUAUUGGCUAUGUAGUGAGUAGAAUAUUUUUUUACAAAUAAAUUAUAGCAGCCA